UUUUGUUUAGUUCUGGAAGAAAAUUACAUGGUGUCUUUUCAAAAUCCCAUUAAUUCUACUGACAUGAAAACAGUGAGUUCCUGCGUAAAGAGCUCUGUGGAAGAGACUUGUGAGCCAAAGAACAUAUGUGAGGCCAUCAAGGAUAUUUCUACAUACUUUACUGAGGAAGAGUGGGCAAAGCUGACCAAAUGGCAGAAAAGUGCCUACGUGUAUAUGAAAAGAAACUACAUCAGGAUGACGGGCCUAGGGGUCACAGUCAACCAACCAGUUUUCAUGCGCUGCAAGGAACAGGCCAAAGAGAAGGUGGUGGAAUGUACUAAAGUUCAUGGCCGUGAAGAGGGACAUCCUGAAGAGAGUUAUGACAUGAAACAGAUAAAACGCCUAAAGCUGACACCGCUGACAAUAGACCUCUAUGAUAUAAAAGAUAGACUUACAUUCGGAGGUGUGACCUUCUCCACCGUUUCUAUUUUACCAGGAGGUAGAUUUUGGAUAAAUCCCUGGCGCCACCGGUUGCGAGAAAGGAAGAAUCGAGUGAUAUAUGAAGAGAUCAGUGAUCCCGAAGAAAGUGAUGAUGAUGAUGAUUAAAUCUCCACAGAGAGUCGAAAUAAGCCCAGGAUGAGAAGAAGAAUGGUGGGAACCUGGAUCAAAGCCAUGACUUUGAAAGACUACGUAUCAGUUCUAUAUAUAGAUGUAUGUAUAUAUAUUUAUUAAAAUUCAUUAUAAUUUUAA